AUGGCAGAAGGCAUCGGUGUUGCUUCUGGGGUUUUAACCUUGGUAACGUUCGCUUUUAAAUCGAGCACAGUUCUUUUUAAAACGGUCCGCAGUUUUAAAACCCAGGAUGCUAAUGCACGCGCACUCAAAACUGAGUUGAGUGAUCUAACUGGAGUUCUGCAAUCUCUCCUGGAAACUGUUACAAAUUACCCUGACAUUAAGUUCGACUCGCUUGAAUUGCCUCUCCUGCGUUGUGGAAAGACUUGUGAAGAGUAUCAUAAGCUCAUUGCUCGUUGUACAAAACACUCUGAUGGAACUCGUCCAAGCUUACGGGACUGGAUAGGCCAGCAGUACCUGAAAGGAGACAUCAUAGACUUCAAAGAGAUGCUUGCUGGGUAUAAAUCCACAAUCAAUAUAGCAUUGGCUAACGCUAAUAUAACGAUUGCGGCUGUUACGCGUAAUGCCAUUGAGGAAUACAAAGAUAUGAUAGAUGAUACAACGUCCGAUCUCCAGAAACACAUGCAGCGGUUGGAUGAGAGAGUACAGAGCUUGACCGCCUCUAAUACCGAUACUGUCGAGUCUGAUAGCGCUGAUUGGCUUGCUCUCUUUGAGGAGAAAGAAAGUACCCGAAAAGGCCUCCAGAUCUGCAUUGAGCUGUCUGAACAUAUUGAGUCACUUGAAUCCACAACCAACGAAACGCAGCAGUUCUCUCAGCAGCCUACAGCAAACAAAUACAUCAGGAGUAGUUUGAGUUCCGCUAAGAGCUCUAUCAGUUCGUUGGAAUCUCGUCUUAAAAGCCAUGGGAACAAGAUUGAUGAAAGAAUGGAUGCUAUGAAAGUUAAAACGAAUCUAUCCGAAGACGACAUCAUACAAUUGGCACAACUACAAGAAACGAGGGAAAGCAUUCGUCAGUGCAUGAACGUGGUUGCUGAUGCUGGCGAGGACUUGGCCAAAGAACGUGUCAAUGUAUUUGAAGACAUAACUAUGACUGAUAAUAGUUAUGGUAUUACAGUUUCAACUGUAAAGGACUUGGUUUUAGCCAGGAGAGUCAAUCUGCAGGGCCAAGCGCGUUACGUUGGUGGGCAAAUAGAUCAGGCAAGCUACAACGCAACCAUCAAUGCACUCACAGACUUGGACCGAGGAAGCGUUCAAUAUGGCGGACGGGAUGCACGAGUUUCUUCUGAAGAUGGAGCGUUUCUUGAUCGUCAUGGUCGCGGCGUUAAGCUUGCAUGGUCUGACAUAUCUACAAAAUCUCCCGGGCCAGGCUCAUAG